GUUUACACUUCCUGGUAGUGUGAUUUCGAUUUCCUGUAGAAGGGGCGAAGAAACUCACGGCUGUCUUCUUGACAGGGCCUGAACCCUAGUAAGACAGGGAACGGCCUCAGCCAUGGUCCUUUGGUAGACAGUUGACAAGUUAGCGAAAUAACGCUCUGAAUCACUGAGUCACGAGAAUAAACUCUGUAUCAGGUCACCUGUCUGCCCCCGCGGGAAGUCGUUUUACCAUUUAGUGUACCAGGUUGCUUGCUAGCCAGGUAACUUCGUAUGUUACUCUGUUAGGGCAACUGUUAGCCAUUCACUAACGAAGCACCUCUACAAUUUGAUCCUGGUGUCUAUUUCAAGAUGUCAAAUGCUGGUUUUAGUUCUCAGAAUGGGGCAGGAGGACAGACUUACGCAAAUGGUCCCUCACAGAACCCUUUUCCAAUGCAGCAAGUGAGCCAAGGUUACAGCAUGCCUGGCCAGCUAGGUUAUCAUAACCCAGUGCUUGCGAAGGCCCCCAUGCCUCCGGGACCUGUGCUCUACAAUGCUGUCCCUCCAGCCAGCCCAUAUCAGAGUGCCCCUGGGCCCCACAUGCCAGUCAGGCCGCCAGUGGGAGCCCCACCGCCCAUGCAGCCUGGCCAGACGAUCCCUGCUUCUCAGAACUCUGUGCCGCCCCCCACGGCAUCCACAAACAGCUACUAUCCUGAUGCCCAGAACCCCUCACCGUCCAGCUGGAACUACGGUGUGCGUCCUCCCAUGGGCAUGGGGACACCUCCACCUGGGAAUCACGUGACGUCAUCUCCCAGCCCUGUGCCCAACCCACCUUCUCAGGGGUUCAGUGCAGCCCCCACUCUCACUCCCAACACCGCAACAACCCCCGGCCCCCCACUGCCUCCAUCCUCGUACAACAGCUGGACCCAGCCAGGCUCUGUUCCACCUAUGAACGCCAUGAGCCCACAGACCCCGUACCAGCCAGGAAGGCCGCCAUAUGGGCCCCCUCCCACAGCAGGUCCUCCGCCAGGCAUGAGACCAACCCCACCUCCCACCGGCCCCCACGGUACAGCGACCCCUCCCCCGCCGAUGGCCCCCCAAAAUGAAGGAGUGAGACAAACUCACACACCAACCAACUCCCAAGCGCUCAACAGCUCUGAGGCGGGCGGGCGAAUCAUCACUGACCCCCCCUCUUCUCAGCCAGGGCCAGUGGGAAGGCCGAUAGGUCACGGCUACCCUUCCCUGCCACCGGGCUACCAGAAUAUGGCCCAACCCCCAAAUGUACCCCCUAUGCACCCAACACAGCCUUACAGCUCUGGUCCGGCGGCAUACCCACAGCCGCCGAUGGGCGCUGCCCAGCUGAGCCCCUCUAUGGCGGCGAUGAGCAUGCAGGCCCAAACCCCGGACUCCCUGCGCGUGGUCAACCUCCUACAGGAGCGCAACCUCCUCCCCCCCACACCCUACCAGCCCCCCACACCCUGCCUGCCACAGGACCUGCAGAGGGUGAACUGCAGUCCAGAUGUGUUUUGCAGCACUCUCACCAGCAUCCCUCAGACACAGGCCCUGUUGAACAAAGCCAAGCUGCCCCUCGGCCUGCUGCUCCACCCUUUCAAAGACCUCUCGCAGCUUCCUGUGGUGACCUCCAGCACCAUUGUCAGGUGUCGCUCCUGCAGGACCUACAUCAACCCCUUUGUGUCCUUCCUGGACCAGAGGAGGUGGAAGUGCAACCUCUGCUACAGAGUCAAUGAUGUCCCAGAGGAGUUUAUGUACAACCCUGUCAGCAGAUCCUACGGAGAGCCUCAUAAACGACCUGAAGUCCAGAAUGCCACCAUUGAAUUCAUCGCUCCCUCUGAAUACAUGCUGCGACCACCACAGCCAGCUGUUUACCUGUUUGUCCUCGAUGUUUCUCACAAUGCAAUGCAGACCGGAUACGUAGAUGUUGUCUGUCAGUCGCUUCUCGAGAACCUCAACUCGCUUCCAGGGGAUACAAGGACGAAGAUUGGUUUCAUAACCUUUGACAGUACAAUCCACUUCUACAACCUCCAGGAGGGGCUUUCCCAGCCCCAGAUGCUCAUUGUGUCUGAUAUAGAAGAUAUAUUUUUACCCACACCAGACAGCCUUUUAGUCAACUUCAAUGAAAGCAAGGAGCUGGUAGGGGACCUGCUGAAGAGUUUACCACAGAUGUUCAGUAAGACCAUGGAGACCCAGUCUGCCCUGGGCCCGGCCCUGCAGGCCGCCUUCAAGCUGCUCUCGCCCACCGGAGGCCGAGUGUCUGUCUUCCAGAGCCAGCUGCCCACUAUGGGGGUCGGGGCACUCAAGUCCAGAGAGGACCCCAACCAAAGGGCGUCUGCCAAGGAGAUCCAGCAUCUCUCUCCUGCGACAGACUUCUACAAGAAGCUGGCGCUGGACUGUUCCGGACAGCAGGUGGCUGUGGAUUUGUUUAUGCUGACUUCACAGUACUGUGACCUGGCCUCACUGGGUUGCAUAUCCAGAUACUCGGCAGGAACUGUCUACUACUAUCCCUCCUACCACAACGAACACAACCCCGCCCAGACCGAGCGCUUCCAGAAAGACCUCAAGAGAUAUCUCACCCGCAAGAUCGGCUUUGAGGCUGUUAUGAGGAUACGAUGCACUAAAGGCCUCUCCAUACACACUUUCCACGGGAACUUCUUUGUGCGCUCGACAGACCUGCUGUCGCUGCCCAACGUGAACCCAGACGCAGGCUUCGCCGUGCAAAUGUCCAUCGAGGAGAACCUGGUGGACAUGCAGGUGGUCUCCUUCCAGGCUGCCCUGCUCUACACGUCCAGCAAAGGUGAAAGGAGGAUCCGCGUGCACACCAUGUGUCUGCCUGUGGUCAACUCGCUGUCUGACAUCUUUGCCGGAGCCGAUGUGCAAGCCAUCACCGGGCUUCUGGCCAGCAUGGCUGUAGAUCGUUCUGUGACGGCCAGUCUGAGUGAUGCCCGGGACGCGAUGACCAACGCGGUGAUCGACUCGCUGUCCUCGUACCGUACUUCUGUGCUCACCAUCCAGCAGCCCGGCCUGCUCUCACCCAACUGCCUGCGCCUCUUCCCCCUCUACAUCCUGGCCCUGCUCAAACAGAGAGCGUUCCGGACCGGCACCAGCACUCGACUGGAUGACCGCGUGUUCGCCAUGUGUCAGUUGAAGUCCCAGCCGCUGGCAUACCUCAUGCUCAUGAUCCACCCAGCGCUGUACCGACUGGAUGACCUGACUGACGAGGGGGCGCUGAAUGUCAACGACCGCACCAUCCCCCAGCCCCGUGUCCUGCAGCUCUCCGUAGAGAAGCUGAGCAGAGAAGGAGCCUUCCUCAUGGACGCUGGCUCGGUGAUAUAUUUGUGGGUAGGAAAGAGCUGCAAUCCUCAGUUCUUAACCCAAGUCCUUGGGGUUCCAAACUACCCAGCUCUUCCUCAGAACUUGACUCAGCUCCCAGAGCUGGACACUGCUGAGUCUACAAGGACGAGAGCGUUCGUUGGUUGGCUGCGGGAACAAAGGCCAUUUUAUCCCCUUUUACAUGUCAUCAAGGAUGAAAGCCAGUUGAAGGCCAACUUCAUGCAGAACAUGGUUGAGGAUCGGACUGAGUCUGCGUUGUCUUACUAUGAGUUCCUGCUCCACGUGCAGCAGCAGAUAUCCAAAUAGCUGCUGUUGAUAGGGGUUGGGGUUGGGGUUGGGGGGGUCAGCGAGAAGUAUACAGUUGUUCUGGCAGUAUUGAUAGGGUGGGGGUGGGGUGGGGUGGGGGACGGGGAUGAGAAUGUGUCCGUAUGUAUAACUGGCGUGCAGACUCCGAGCCCGUCGCUACCUUCUGAAGGACAACGCCGUUGUCCCCUGUGUGAUUCUCUCAUCGUUUCCCUUGGAGACAGACCCACUGGCUGCUUUCAUUCAAAUCAAACUUCUUAUUCAACAAAGUCAAUGAUGGAAGGCAGAUUGUUGAUUUCCUAGUUCUGGAAAAUCAAGUGUUUGACCUUUUCGGGACAGACAUUGUGAAGACAUUCAGCUGAUGAAGCACAGUUGUACUUGCUAAUAAUAAAGUAAAGUAUGUAUCACACUAAAGUCUUUUGAGCAUGCGUGCUCCUAGCUCAGUCUAGAUGUCCACUAAGGUGCACAGUCAGUAAUAAAGUAAUGCUCUAUGGUAUGACAGAAUGGCAUAAAUACUCUCUUUUUUUCGGUCACUGCUAUUGUCAGUCGAACAAAUCUGCAGGCUUGCUAUGACAAAGAAAGAUGGCAGAUGGUAGUUAAAGGGGGGGGGGGGGGGUCUAGAUCCUGUUGUAAUCUCUUGCUGUGAGUACAUUGAUCAAGUGGAAGGCUGUAUUCACCUUGUGGUUUAUGGCAGUCACUCUGUGAAAAUUUCAACUUUUCAUGUUCUUUUAUUUCCUUCUUUUUUGUUAAUUUAUGAGAAUCCCAGUCUAAUUAAAUCUGUAUUUGCCUUGUAUGGGAACUCAGUUUUUUUUAGGCUUCUGUUUAAAUGCAGACAUUAUGUAUAUGAAAUGUUUUAAUAUAAUAGGAUAUGGGAAAUUUCUUUAACAGACGUAACAAAGCCAUUUUGAUCUUUAAUCAUGCUUUAUUAAAAACUUGUAUAAUAAAAAGUACAUUAUAAUGAUAAAGAUGGAUUUUAGUAUGACAUUAAGCUGAAUUUAUGAUAAAAAAUAAACAGGUUGGGCCUUUUAUAUCUAGUAGUGGUUCUGUCAUGAAUGAAGGAGUAUUCUAUUUAAUUCACUUCUCUUUUGAUAAAUGCCAUCUCUGCAUACACAUUUUGUUCUUCGAAAAUGGCUUCUUAAGUUUUAUCUUUUGAAGUGUCUCAAGUUUUAAUUAAACAAUAUGAGUAUCACAGAAAAGACUCAGACUGUGACAAAUAACCCACAUGUAGUGUUAAGCUCUUCUGUGUUGAAUUUCAUGUUAUGUGUUUGUCAUGCUGAAUGAGUAAGUUAUGAAUGACGGCGAAGAUUGGACUAUACCUCCUUGUUUGUUUAUAUGUGUAAUAAUCAAAAUCAACCGAAACUUUUGAUUGAACAUCUCAAAAUAAAACAUUCUGUUUUUCCCAUGUACUUUUGAUAAUGCUUUCCGUCUUGGAGAUGAUGAAGCUCAUCAAUACCUCAGAGGAACUGAGCUUUCUUUUUUGUACUUUUUAUACCAGACUCCAAGUUGUUUUGUUUCUUUUAAGAAACUGAAUUUAUAUAACAUCACAGUGAACAACCGGAUUGAGGAAAAGUAUUUGUAACUUGCUGACCACUAGUUUUGAAAAUGUGUUAAAGAAAUUAUUUGAAAAUUAAAUCAGAGUUCCAUAUAAAACUGGA